GACAGUAUGUUAUAAUGUGUUGUGAAGACGGGUGCGGUGCCAAACUGGAAAGUGAUACUUCAUGUGCGUUAUUUGACGCGAACAGAGUCAGAUGUUCAUGGACCACACCGUUACACUGUACUGAGAAGCAGCUAAGCAGGAGACGCCAGGAUUAUGAUUUCUUUACCAAUUAAUUCGUAAUUAAUUUGAUUACUGUUAUGAGAACAGUCAAACUUGUUCUCAUUCAUCCAUAAUAUCCAUGCAUUGGCAAAUGGUGACAGAUAAUUGCUGAAGACGUUGACAGGGUGUCAAUCCAUUGGCUGAAUAUUGACCAGGUGCCGUCAACAGAGAAAAGGCAGUGAAGUACAGUACCCUCCAUAAUUAUUGGGAAAGUGAAGCUUUUUCCUUCUUAUGUCUCUAAAAAGGUUGGAUUUGAAACCAAACAAUGACUAUGAGGUUAACAUUCAGACAGUCAGCUUUCAUUUGAGGGCAUUUUCAUUCAUAUCAGGUGAUCCAUUUAGAAAUUACAGCACUUUCAAUACAUAGUCCCCCCAUUUUAGGGUAGCAAAACUAUUGGGACAAAUUCACUUAUAAAGUAGUAAAAAUAUAAUAUUUGGUCACAUAUAUUCCUAACACACAAUGACUGCGUCAAGCUUGUGACUCUACACAUUUGUUGGAUGCAUUUGCUGUUGGUUGUGCUUCUGAUUAUUUUGUGCCCAAUAGAAAUGAAUGGUAAAUAAUGUAUUGUGUCAUUUUGGAGUCACUUUUAUUGUAAAUAAGAAUAACAUAUGCUUCUAAACACUUCUACAUUAAUGUGUAUGCUACCAUGAUUAUGGAUCAUCCUGAAUUAAUCUUCAAAUAUGAUGAGUGAGAAAGGUACAGAUGCACCAUACCCCCAAUACAUGAUAACUGCUCAAGAGUACAAUAACAGGGUUAGCAUUUUUUAGGGAGUGUGAUAUUUGUGCAUAUUUGUGCAUCUCUCACUCAUCAUUAUUUGCGAUUUAUCAGGACUAUCCGUAAUCAUGGUAGCAUCCACAUUGAUGUAGAAGUGUUUAGAAACAUAUUCUAUUCUUCUUUACAAUAUAAGUGACUCCAAAAUGACACAAUACCUUACUUGAUUUCUCUCAAUAAAGUAAACACAAUAAAUUGCACACUGCUACCACUGCAAUGAUGAACUAUUUAUUGACUGUUGCACUGUGGGAGCCUGGUACUCCUGGUUCCUUAUUUGAAUGACCAUUUACCGUAGUCCAGUGGUACACUGCACAAUUUAAAGUAAAUAAUAUAUAUAUUUUGUAAGCACUGACUUAUAAGUCUGAUGCUCUGAAGUGUAGACCUACUAGAUAAAAGCUCUGUAUACGUAUUCACUUUGGUCAUGACUCAGUUGCUCCGUAAAAUCUACGUUUUAAAUGUCAUUUGUUUUGGAGUGUUGUUUAUUAACGUGUCGUGAAGAUAAAUGUUUUGGAGCUCUGUCAAAGCCAUUCAACCAUCCUUUCUGUCACAUGUUGAUCCUCAGACUGGACCAGGACUUGAUAAUGCCAGGCAAUGGGAGUUCCGAGGCGGGAUGCAGCAAGACAGCAACAGGCAGCUACUCCAACACCACCUGUGGCCAGAGGGAGCUGUCCGUCACCGCCUCUGUCAUUUCCAUGACCGUGGGCAUCUUCUCCAACAUCCUGGCUCUCUGCAUCCUGGUCAACGCCUACCGUCGCUUCCGCCUCAAGACCAAGGCCUCCUUCCUGCUGUUCGCCAGCGGCCUGGUGGGCACCGAUCUCCUGGGCCACCUCAUUAACGGCUCCCUGGUGCUAUAUGUCUACGCUUGUAACAAGGAGUGGGAAGCCUUUGACCCACACCACAUCCUGUGCAGUCUCUUUGGGGUGUCCAUGGUGUUUUUCGGUCUGAGCCCCCUACUCCUGGGUAGCCUAAUGGCGGUGGAACGCUGCAUUGGUGUCACCAGGCCCCUGUUCCACUCCACAGCCCUUGCCGCCCACCACAUGAAGAGGCUGCUGGGGCUGACCUGGCUCUUAGCUGCCCUGGUGGCUCUACUACCUGUGCUGCUGUGGAGGCCCUACCAGGUGCAGCGCUCCCAGAGCUGGUGUUUCUUCCGCAUGGAGGGGCCCCGCAACUGGCUGGACGUGGUGCUCCCGCUGAUCUUCUCUACACUGGGCCUCCUGGCUCUGCUGGUGUCCAUUGUGUGCAACACACUGACCAGCUGCACCCUACUGCAGUCCAAGCUGCGCUGCCACCGCCAAUGUCGCCGCAAGGACACCUCCCACCACUUUGAGAUGAUCUGCCAGCUCAUGACCAUCAUGCUUGUGUCCUGUGUGUGCUGGGGCCCUUUACUGGUUAACGUCAUCAUACUGAGCACCCAGGUCCAGGGCGAGCGUGCGUUUGCCCGCCUGCUGCUGGCAGUCCGCAUGGCCACCUGGAACCAGAUCCUGGACCCCUGGGUCUACAUCCUCCUGAGGAAGGCCAUCCUCAAGAGGCUCUUCCUGCUGGUGCACAGCUGCUGGUGCAUCAAGUCCCACUCCCACCCCCUCAACCGGUGGAAGUGCAGCCCAGUGAAAGGCUCUGGGGAGACCAGCGGCAGCUCCAUCAGCACUAAACCAGAAUUCUUCUGUUUGGAUGGAAGUGUUGGAGGCCUACCAGACACAAUAAUUAAGCCCAUCACCUGAACCCCUGGAUGGGGCAUCUGAUCUGAGAGACCCUGGGUCCCAGGUGGAGUGUUUGCAGGCAGCACCUGUAGCACAUUGAUGUAUAGUUGGAGUAGGCGAUAAGCUAAGGAACCAGAUAAGGUUUGUUUUAGGAAGAGCAUAUGAAGGAUCAUUCAAUGUAUUAUAAACUGGGUAGUUUGAGCCCUGAAUGCUGAUUGGAUGACAGCCUUGGUAUAUCAGACCGUAUACCACGGGUAUGACAAAACUUUCAUUUUUAUUGCUCUAAUUACGCUGGUAACUAGUUUAUAAUAGCAAUAAGGCACCUCGAGGGUUUGUGGUAUAUGGCCAAUAUACCACGGCUAAGGGCUGUGCCCAGGCACUCCACAUUGCAUCUUGCCUAAGAAGAGCCCUUAGCCGUGGUAUAUUGGCCAUAUACCACACACUUCCUCGGGCCUUAUCGCUUAAUUGUACACUCAUGAGCCGUACAGACACUGGUAAUAGGUGUGUUGGUCAUAAUUGACAGUGACACACAAGACUAAGAUGAACCCUGGAGUUAGUUAUCCCCAGUUACUGAUAUUUCUGUCUAACCUGUAACUGACCUUGAAAGGAUGAACUCUGCAAUCAGCACUAGAUGUCAAUGUUGUCUUCUUGAGUCUUCUCUGUGACAGUAGCUAUGGCAUAUAAACCCAGCUGCUCAGAACUAAAGACAUCUGUAGCUCUGGAGUUCCUCACAGCGCUCAAAGAUUGUGCAGAAUGACAUGAUUGUUUUCAGCUCCCCAUCAUUCAGUGAGUGAGUGCCAGGCAAUCUGAAUUAUCACCUCAGCAGGUGAUCCUCCGGUAAAAUGAAUUGUUCUCUUGUUUCACUAUCUUCUGGAGUCCCAAUAUGGCAGUUAUGACAUAAUUUCCACGUAGAAUGAUUUGUUUUGGAUUCUGAAGAGACUCUUCUGGCUGGCCCGUCUGAUGAAGUUGCUUUUGUGUUUGGCAGAUGGUUGGUAUAUCUCUUUGACCUUCUGCGGUGCUAUGGACUGAUGAAAAAUGAGUUUUUGACACAUUUUAUAUUUGUCUGUCCAUGUUGUUUCUGUAUUAAAACAUUUUCUGAAGUCAUUCUCUCAUCAUGGGUGUUUACAGCACAGUAACUCAGUUAAGCUCAUCUGAUGAGUUGAUCACCUCUAUCCUUUCAGUGGUUUUAAAAUGACUCAGCAUGAUCAUUUUAAUUUAACAGUGCUUUCUUAUAUGAUAUACUGUGUGUUGAUGUAACAUGACGUAUCUAUGGAAUAUGUAUACAGGUCCUUAUAAACCAUUUACUAAUCAUAAGUUACAUCUUUUUGCAUGGCCUCAUCUAAAAUAAAAUGUGAGCUAUGUAUGCUUUAGAAAUACUUUAUAAAUGUUUUGAGUGACCAGUGUAAUUUCUCACAAAAAUAUGAACAUGCCAUUGGUAGACAUUCCAGCAGUACCUGAUGCUCCUUAAGGUCUCAAAAUGGCCCCUAAAACAUAUCAAUGGUUAAAGAAUAAGGAAAUAUAUUUACAUUUUAUUCACAACUGUUGUGAAACAAGUGUUAGAAGGGCUUGAGGAAGAGCUGUAUAAUGUGAAUGUUCUGCUAAUAUUGUGAACCUGGAGAAUAUGAACUGAUCAUAAAACAUGGAGAUGUAGACUACACACAACGGCUGGCCGGACCAGACAGUUUUCCCCUAGUGGAUUUGUAUGAAUUAUUACUGAUAUGUGAUUGAGGUAUACAUGCUACAUGUAUGAUUUGCAGGUAGAAAUUGUAUAUGUAUAAACUUUAAAUGCUUCCAGUGCUUCAGUCUUUUAACUGCAGACUAUUUUCUCACAUGGCUUUGUUUGGUGUCUCCUCUAAUGGACCUUUAAAUAUAGUAACUCUCUAAACGUAGGGUAGCAUGGGGUAACUAGCUCUCCGGGGCUAGUUUAGUUACUAGUAACUAGUUAUCAACUAGCACUCAGUUAUCAUAUUAAAAAUGGCUAACAUUUGCCUCCACCCUAUGGCAAAAUUGCAGAACUGCAGGAAAUUAACUUUAAAACAUAACUUUGAAGGGGGGGUGGAUGUGGGUACGCAGACCAGAGAAACCACUGCUGCCCCUCGUGAUGAGUUCCGUUUUUUGUGGCCCCCACCCCCAUCAAAGUUGCCCAUCCCUGAUCUCCACUGAUUGAAGUGGGUUUAAAAGGUGACAUCAAUAAGGGAUCAUAGCUUUCACCUUGAUUCACCUGUGUCAUGGAAAGAGCAGGUGUUCCUAAUGUUUUGUACACUCAGUGUAUACUAGAUUACUAGCAUUUACAAUGUGGGAGGAAAGGUUAGGAAAUGGUGAUUAAACUAUUUAUUAAGCCAGAAUACAUGCUAUAUUACGUGGAGUUAUUAUAAUGUAAAGUGCUACUAUUUGUUUUUAUUGCCGAAACAGAACAAAGAGAACUAUAUUGUGUCUAUGUCAACCAUCAUGCCAACAAUAUGCAUGCCAAAGACCUGCAAGAGUGAAAAACGAUGAUGUAUGUAAAUUAAAACACAUUGAUAUUGUAUUGUUGUAUCGUAAGCACAUCAUUUUAACCUCCAUA